AUGACGAACAAACUACUGCAUUCAAAGUCCCGCGUUUCCUAUUAUUACGAUGGGGAUUUCGGAAAUUUCUAUUAUGGCCAAGGGCAUCCGAUGAAGCCCCAUCGAGUUCGGAUGACACACAGUUUGAUUGUAAAUUACGGAUUGUAUCGGAAGCUCACUGUAAUGCGUCCCGCGCCUGCUUCCUUCUCCGAAAUCACUCGUUAUCACUCUGACGACUACGUAAACUUCCUCCGCAGCGUCAGAUCUGAUAAUAUCCAAUCGCUGGCUGACCAAAUGGCUCGUUUCUCAGUCGGAGAGGAUUGUCCUGUAUUCGACGGUCUCUAUGAAUUCUGCCAACUGUCUUGUGGUGGAUCUCUGGCCGCUGCAGCGAAGCUAAAUCGAAAAGAAUCAGACAUCGCCAUUAACUGGAUGGGUGGUCUUCAUCAUGCGAAAAAAUCCGAGGCUUCUGGAUUCUGCUACUCCAAUGACAUUGUUUUGGCGAUUCUGGAGCUACUGAAAGAGCACAAAAGAGUACUGUACAUUGAUAUUGAUGUUCAUCACGGGGAUGGUGUCGAAGAGGCGUUUUAUACGACGGAUCGAGUGAUGACGGUGUCAUUUCACAAGCAUGGAGAGUAUUUUCCAGGCACUGGAGAUUUGAAAGACGUCGGCGCUGGAAAAGGGAAAUACUACGCGCUGAACGUCCCCCUCCGUGACGGUGUCGACGAUUUCACCUACGAACGAAUCUUCCGGACAGUCAUGGGAGAAGUCAUGGCCAGAUUCCAACCAGAAGCCGUCGUCCUUCAAUGUGGAGCUGAUUCACUCGCCGGAGAUCGUUUGGGAGUGUUCAAUUUGACUACCUAUGGACAUGGAAACUGUGUGGAAUACAUGAAGUCGUUCAACGUCCCGUUGCUUUUGGUUGGAGGCGGUGGAUACACGAUUCGCAAUGUUUCGAGGUGCUGGUUGUAUGAGACGUCGCUGGCGCUGGAUUUGGAUGUCCCAAAUGAACUCCCCUUCAACGACUACUUUGACUACUUCAUCCCAGACUACAAACUACACAUAAAGCCGCUCCCACAUCUCACCAACUACAACACCCAAGAGUUUAUCGAUCAAACUAUCGUGUCUCUUCUAGACAAUCUGAAAUUAAUGACACAUGUCCCGUCAGUGCAAAUGCAGCCACUUCCAACGACUUCUGAUAGAAUUGUGAAGACGUUCGAUGAGAAUCUGAGAAGAGACCAUCAGGAUGACGAUGUCCGAAACUCGCAGCUAGAUCAAGAUGUCGGAAUCGAGCACGCUUCUGAAUUCUACGACGAGCAGGAAGCCACCAGAAACACGCAUAAACGCCAACGAUUCGAGAGCCAAACAGAGGCAUCAGAAGACGCCAAAAAGACACGUGUCGAUGGAGAGGAAUAA